GAAAGAGAGAGUAAAAAGAGAGAAGCGAAGAGCUCUCCCAGAACGAGCGACCCAUUCGAUUUCGAUCUCCUAAAAAACCUACCUUUUGACCACCUUGGCUGGUUAGUUUGUUACCCCUCUCUCUCUCUCUAGUAACUCUCUCUUACCAGAACUCUUUUGUUGCUUCUCUCUCUCUCUCUCUCCCUCCCUCUAUUUUUUUCUUUUUUCUUUCUUUUUUUUUUUCCUUUUCUUCUUUCUAUCUCUGCGUCGCUGGGUAUGGUCAUGACCGUCCAUUAAAACCCUAAUUUUCGUAUCUUUACACUCUUCACUCCACAGAAACAAAAGCUAAAAGGGGGUUUAAUAGUAGGGAUAUAUGUCCCUCAAUCAAUCAAGGUCCGAUAAGAGCGAGUCACACUAUCUGAAAUCAGGACGAUCCGCAGGCUCUAAUCAGCAGCGGACCUCCUCAGGUGCUUACGGUAAGGGCGGCGGCGGCGGGCCCGCCCCUUCACCGUCUUCUUCUAUUUCUUCCAAUCGGAGUUUUAAGAAGCCUAACAAUGUACAAGGACGGCAAUCAAGGGUACACGUACCAGCUGUCAAUUCUUCCGAUCCUGCUAAUUCUUCUGCGCCCCGACAUGUGCAGAAUGGUGCCCAUGUGCAGCCUCCGUUACACGGAGCAUCUGAUGCGCAUGUUUCAAUUGGUACUGGCAAGCCAAACGAAAUGCAGAUCACUCAGAGGAGUACCCGAGCUGUUCCUAAGGUUCCAACUUCUCAAUCUCCCACCAUGAAUUCUGAGAAUGCGUCACCUAUGACACCUGCUAAAGGUCCUGCAGAUGCAUCUAAGGCAUUCCCAUUUCAGUUCGGGUCUAUAAGUCCUGGUUUCAUGAAUGGGAUGCAGAUUCCUGCUCGAACAAGCUCAGCUCCUCCAAAUUUGGAUGAGCAGAAACGUGACCAGGCACGCCAUGAUACAUUUAGAUCUGUUCCUCCAUUGCCAACUCCUGCUCCUAAGCAACAAUUACCAAGGAAGGAUGUAGGUGGUGUUGACCAUUCUAGUGCUGGGGAGGCUCAUCCAAUGCCCAAAGCCAAGAAGGAUGUCCAAGUCUCAACUGCACAGCCUGUGAGCCAGACACAAAAGCCGUCUGUUCUUCCCCUUCCUAUGCCUUCCAUGCAAAUGCCAUUUCACCAGCCACCUGUGUCUGUGCAGUUUGGUGGCCCAAAUCCACAGAUGCAGUCACAAGGUCUCACCCCAACAUCACUUCAAAUGCCAAUGCCAAUGGCAGCAUUACCAAUGGGAAGUGCCCCUCAAGUGCAACAGCCAAUGUUUGUUCAAGGUCUUCAACCCCAUCCGAUGCAGCCUCAGGGAAUCAUGCAUCAGGGCCAGGGCUUGAGUUUUCCACCUCAAAUGGGUCCUCAGCUGCCUCCUCAGUUAGGCAACUUAGGAAUUGGGAUCACCUCACAAUAUCCUCAACAACAGGGAGGAAAAUUUGGUGGUCCUCGUAAAACAACAGUUAAGAUAACUGAUCCAAGAACGCAUGAAGAGUUGAGGCUUGAUAAGCGGACAGACACAUAUGUAGAUGGCGGAUCAUCAGCCCUUAGACAUCAUCCUAAUAUGCCUCCUCAAUCCCAGCCAAUUCCGUCAUUUGCACCUACUCAUCCAAUCAAUUACUAUUCAAAUUCUUAUAAUCAAAGUAAUCUAUUUUUUCAACCUUCGAGUUCACUACCGCAUACCAGUGGCCAGAUAGCACCCAAUUCUCAGCCAACUAGGUUUAACUAUUCUGUUAGCCAAGGUCCACAAAAUGUAUCAUCCUUGAAUCCACCUUCCCUUAAUUCUCUGCCGGUUAACAAGUCUGGGACUUCAAUGCAUGUGGCAGAACCAUCAAAUGCGGAACAUACUCGCGAUGCACAUAAUGUGAUCUCAUCUGCUUCUUCAGGAACUGUACAGGUGAAAGUGAAACCAACAGCUAGUUUUAUUGGGGAGAAGGUUGUGGAUUCAGUGUCAUCUAAUAGCUCGUCUGCAAUUGAAAAGGUUGGAUAUGUUAAACCUUCAGGGCCCUCCAUGGAAGCUAAUUCAUCUAAUGUACAAAAGGAUUUAGAGAAAGUUCUAGAAAGUUCUUCACUGCAUUCAAAACCUGAUAGUGAAUCUUCAACAUCCAAAUCAUUGCUGGUGGAAUCUAGACAAUCUGCUGCAGUCACUGUUGAUAGUGUGGCACCCAAUUCUUCAUUGCCUGCUGCUCCUGCUCUAUCUGAAGAAUUAAUGCUUGUUGGGAGCAACAGUGAAGGCAAAAGAAAGGAAACUCUGAGUAGGUCAAACUCCAUUAAGGAUCAUCAGAAGAAGCCAGGCAAAAAAGUACAUAACCAGUCCCAGCAACAGAUUGGUGGGCAAUCUAGCUCAAUGUCAGGCUUUUCUUGUCAUAAUGUAGAACGGCGAAUAUCUUCUAACAGCGGAUUGUCUGAUUCUGUAGAAAGUAAAAGAAUUCUUACUUCUUCAUCAGCAACCAGUGAAGGCUUGGCAGAAUUAAGGCAGGAAUCAGUUCCAAUGAUCAGUGCUUCAACUUCUCAAGUGUCUGAAGCCAAAUUUGAUGAUUCUGUAAAUGGUUUUGUUGGUGUUCCUUCCGAAUUUUCUGGUGUUCAAGGUAUUGUUGAUAUUGCAGAUUCUGCUCAUCAAGCUAAGGUAAAUGAUUUUUCCCGACAGGAACAGCUUAAUUAUGGAACUCCAGAAACUGAAGGGCAAGGACACAAGGGAUUGCCUAAAGGUCCCAAACAAGAUGAUAAUAUUUCGGAGAUUUCUUCAGGAUCUAUUACUUCAAAAUCAGCAGACAUAGUCAAUCAAAGUACGGAGGAAUCUGCUUCAACAGGUACAGAUUUUGGCAAUGAGGUUAUAAACAUAGAGACCAUGCAGGAAGGGCUAGAUGAACCUGUGACUUGCCACAUAGAAAAUAACGGGAUGUCAGAUAACAUGAUUGUUUCUGCAUCCAAAAAUUUGGAAUCUGCAGAUGUUGGAAAGUUCCAUUCUGAUGACAACCUGAUGUCGGAUGAGUCUUCAAGCAAAAGUGAUAAUAUGGGUGGUAAAGAAGUAUCUGUUAUGAAAUCUGGUGCAUCAGAUCAGCAGUGUGCCCCAGUUACAACUUCGGACCUUACUGAGGCAACUUCAAGGCAUGAAGGAGAAGUUGUGGAAAAUAGUGGUGCUGGCUUGGUCUCCCUUGCAGUAUCGAGUUCCAAGGACAAAGCUGUUGACCUGACUAGGACAAAGAGUACCACUGCCAAGCUGAAGAAUAAGAGAAGGGAAUAUCUUCGGAAAGCUGAUGCUGCUGGGACAACUUCUGAUCUUUAUAUGGCAUAUAAAGGUCCAGAAGAAAAGAAAGAAAGUGUUGCUUCUGCAGAAGCAAUGGAAAACACCUCUACUAGCUCUAAUGUGAAGCAGGCACCUGUGGACACACUUGAAGUGGAUUCCAUGACAAGUGAGACAGGCAUCCAGAAUAAAGCUGAGCCGGAUGAUUGGGAAGAUGCUGCUGACAUCUCUACACCAAAACUGGAAACUUCAGAUAAUGGGGAGCAGGCACUUGGUGGGUUAAUGCAACAUGGCAGAAUUGAGAAUGCUAAUACAGCAAAAAAGUAUUCCAGAGACUUCCUUCUGAAAUUUUCUGAGCAAUAUACUGAUCUUCCUGAACAUUUUGAAAUUUCAUCUGAUAUUGCAGAGGCUUUUAGUCUUUCUCAUUUUGUUGAACGGGAUUCAUAUCCUAGUCCUGUAAGAGUCAUUGACAGGUCAAAUAGUGGAUCUCGGAUGGACCGUCGUGGAAGUGGUAUGGCUGAUGAUGAUCGAUGGAGUAAACUACCUGGUCCCUUUGGCAUGGGGAGGGAUUUACGUGUGGAUAUUGGUUUUGGAGGUAAUACUGGAUUUCGACCUGGCCAAGGAGCAAAUUAUGGUGUUCUAAGGAAUCCACGAGCACAGAGUCCUCAAUAUGUGGGAGGUAUCCUAUCCGGGCCUGUGCAGUCAAUGGGUCCUCAGGGAGGUAUGCAAAGAAAUAGCCCAGAUGCUGAUAGGUGGCAGCGUGCUACGAAUUUCCAACAAAAGGGAUUGAUUCCUUCUCCUCAGACUCCAUUGCAGAUGAUGCACAAGGCUGAGAAAAAGUACGAAGUGGGUAAAGUGUCAGAUGAAGAAGAGGCCAAACAAAGGCAGUUGAAAGCUAUCUUGAACAAGCUAACUCCGCAGAAUUUUGAAAAACUUUUUGAGCAAGUGAAAGCAGUUAACAUAGACAAUACUGCCACACUUACUGGUGUUAUCUCGCAGAUCUUUGACAAAGCUUUAAUGGAGCCUACUUUCUGUGAAAUGUAUGCCAACUUUUGCUAUCAUCUGGCUGGAGGAUUACCUGAUUUUACUAAAGAUAAUGAAAAGAUAACUUUCAAGAGGUUACUUCUUAACAAGUGCCAGGAGGAAUUUGAGAGAGGGGAGAGAGAGCAAGAAGAAGCUAAUAAAGCUGAUGUGGACGGUGAGACUAAACAGUCUGAAGAAGAAAGAGAAGAAAAAAGAAUUAAGGCACGAAGACGAAUGCUUGGCAAUAUAAGACUAAUUGGGGAGUUGUAUAAGAAGAAAAUGUUAACUGAGAGAAUAAUGCAUGAAUGCAUCAAAAAACUCCUGGGUCAGUAUCAGAAUCCUGAUGAGGAAGAUGUUGAGGCUUUAUGCAAACUAAUGAGCACAAUUGGAUAUAUGAUUGACCAUCCCAAAGCCAAGGAGCAUAUGGAUGCCUAUUUUGACACGAUGGCAAAGUUAUCAAACAACAUGAAACUAUCUUCGAGGGUAAGGUUUAUGUUAAGGGAUGCCAUUGAUCUGAGAAAGAACAAAUGGCAGCAGAGGAGGAAGGUUGAAGGGCCAAAAAAGAUUGAGGAAGUGCAUAGAGACGCUGCUCAAGAACGGCAGCAUCAAACUAGUAGGCUGUCUCGCAAUCCUAGCAUAAAUUCUUCUGCAAGAAAGGCACUUGGGGAUUUUGGGCCAAGAGGUUCGGCCAUGUUAUCUUCCCCAAAUGCUCAGAUGGGUGGUUUCCAUGGUUUGCCUGCCCAGGUUCGCGGGUAUGGGACCCAGGAUGUUCGUUUUGAGGAGAGGCAGCCAUAUGAGGCUAGGACUUUGUCAGUUCCCUUACCUCGGCCUCUUGGUGAUGAUUCAAUUACUUUGGGUCCACAAGGUGGGCUUGCCAGAGGAAUGUCUAUUAGAGGGCUACCUGCAAUGGCAAGCACUCCUGUAGCUGAUCUCUCUGCUAGCUCAGGCGACUCGAGAAGAAUCGCCGCAGGUUUGAAUGGUUUUAGUACUGUGUCUGAGAGGCCAGCUUAUAGUCCAAGGGAGGAUUUUGUUGCAAGAUAUGCUCCUGAGAGAUUUGCAGUUCCAGCUGCUUUUGAUCAAAUGAGUGCUCAGGAACGAAAUAUGAGUUAUGUCAAUAGGGAUACUAGGAAUCAAGAUCGCAGUUUUGAUAGACCUCAUGCAACAUCUCCACCUGCAACAGCUCAGGUACCAGCUGUCACCCAAAAUAUUCCAUCAGAAAAGGUGUGGCCUGAAGAAAAACUACGAGACAAGUCAAUGGCAGCAAUUAAAGAAUUUUACAGUGUCAGAGACGAGAAAGAAGUUGCUUUGUGCAUCAAGGAAUUGAAUUCGUUAAGUUUCCAUCCUUCAAUGAUCUCUCUCUGGGUGACGGAUUCAUUUGAGAGGAAGGACAUGGAGAGAGAUCUUUUGGCUAAACUUCUUGUCAAUCUUGCAAAGUCUCAAGAUGGCAUAUUAACUCCACCCCAGCUCAUCAAAGGGUUUGAGUCAGUUCUCACCUCUUUGGAGGAUGCUGUUAAUGAUGCCCCAAAAGCAGCAGAAUUUCUUGGCCGCAUGUUUGCCAAAGUUGUAUUAGAAAAUUUAGUCCCUUUGACAGAGAUUGGGCAGCUAUUACAUGAAGGUGGAGAGGAGCGAGGCCGUCUUCUUGAGGUUGGACUUGCAGGGGAUGUUCUUGGAAGUACAUUGGAGAUGAUAAAAGCAGAGAAAGGGGAGAGUGUCUUAAAUGAGAUUCGAAUUAGCUCCAAUUUGCAUCUGGAGGAUUUCCGGCCUCCAGAUCCUAACAGAUCAAGGAUACUAGAAAAUUUUAUUUAGAUGAUAGUGAUGCUCAUUGUAAUCUUUGUUAGAACAAAAAAAAAAAAAAAAAUUUCCCACUGUCUAGUGCAUCUAGGUUAUAGUUUGCAAAAAUAUUUUUCGACAUGGGUGGGUGGUGGGGACUUAUAUGGGGUUAUAAUCUCAAUGUCCUAAUGUUAUUCUUUAAAAUAUUCACUGCAAUUAUGAAAGGUUCAAUUGAGCAUCGGAAUUUUAGGACUUCAAAUCACUGGGGGGGAGGGGGAGAGGAUAUUGGAACAACCGUUUAUGUUAUCAUGUUAUCCGUGAUCAAUUAUUUUUCAUGAUUUUUAUGUCAA